AUGGAUGUUCAUAAUGCAUUCCUUAAUGGAGACUUGCUGGAGGAGGUGUAUAUGGAUAUUCUUGUGGGUUUUCUAGACAUGGGGAGACUCACAAGGUCUUCAUACUACACAAGUUCUUAUAUGGGCUUAAGAAUAUUAGUGCAUGUAGAUGACUUGCUUAUCAUUGGAAACAAUCAACAUCUACUAUGUGAUACAAGACUAGAUAUUCAAAAGAAGUUCAAAAUGAAAGAUCUGGGCGAACUAAAGUUCUUUCUAGGCAUUGAAAAGUCCAGGCCUAGGGGAGCUAAACUGGCCUGCACUCCAUUGGAAUUGAAUCAGAAACUUACCUCAAUUAAAUAUGAUGAGCAUAUCAACAAUGGAGUAGCUGAAGAUGAUAAUAUUUUAGCUGAUCCUGCUAAAUAUCAAAGACUGAUAGGAAGACUUUUGUAUCUUACCAUGAGCAGACCUGAUAUUGCAUUCUCAGUGCAAGUAUUAAGUCAGUUCAUUCACUGUCCUAAACAAUCACAUAUUAAUACAACUCUAAGGGUAGUCAGGUACAUCAAAGAAGCACCUGGUUUAGGAUUGUUGAUGUCUGCAGGAGAGAAUACUGAACUUACAACCUAUUGUGACUUUGACUGGGGUGGAUGCUUGGAAACCAGGAGGUCAGUUACAGGAUAUAUAGUAAAAUUUGGAGGAGGGCUUAUUUCUUGGAAGUCAAAGAAGCAAAAGACAGUAUCAAGAAGUUCAGUAGAAGCAGAGUUUAGAAACAUGGCAGCAUGUGCUGCUGAAAUAACCUGGUUGAAUUGGACUAUACAAAGAACUAGGAAUCAAGGUGACUCUGCCAGUAAAACUAAUAUGUGA